UUCAAAUAUUUCAAAAUUUUAGUUUGCUUUUGCAGUCCUUUUAUCUUUGUUUUAGAUAUGAAGCUGGACUAUUAUCGCGAAAUAGUCGAUCUGAUUCAUUGGUAUGGAACCAGAGACUGUAUAGAAUGCAUCUCUAAAGUAUUUACAGGUGUUCCAAAGAAAACUCUAGGCAGCAUAUUCUCACAAGACUACCAGAGGCAGAUGAAGAAAAUACAUUAUAAGAUGCACCAAGCACACACUGUGAGGAAACUUUACAACAGAUAUCUUGACAGUUUGUCCGAUAAGGGAAAUAAGAACAUCCUUUUACAUAUUGCAGAUGAGAUUGGAUUGGCCCCUGCGCUUUUAGCAAGGAUGAUACUAGAGCGCCAUCUAUCAAUCAACCAGUAUGAUGGAGAAUCUGCUCCGAGGUUGGUUCUCACUCAAUUUAUGAAACAACCUGACAUGAUUGAUGACAUCACACUGGCCAGGGAAAUACAAUCAUGUGUCUUGUCUGAUGACCAAUAUGGGCCCAUAACAGACAGCAUAAAGCACUCUAUAGGCUGGGAAUAUGAAUUCAUGCUGAAGAAAAGAGUGGAGGAAAUGGAAAUCCCUUAUCUUGAUGAAGACCAGAUGCGCCUGAAAGGCUACGAUAAAACCCCUGAUGUCAAACUGGAAGUCCCCAUAGCUUAUGAUGGCCAUGUUGUCAACUGGGUGGAGAGUAAAGCAUCAUUUGGGGAUGAAGAGAGUCACAAGGGCUACCUGAAAGAUCAGUUCUGGAGCUACUGGAAUAGAUUUGGACCUGGCAUGGUUAUCUAUUGGUUUGGAUUCAUUGAUGAAUUGGAUUGUAACAGGAACAAAGGAAUAAUUCUCAUGGAUCAUUUCCCAAUUGAGGACUUUGUUAAGAUGGACCCUUGAUAUGACAUCAGUGGUAUCCUUGGUAACCAGUCAGUGCCUUAUGGGCCACAAAAUCAUCAGUUUAGGAGAGGAUCGUGAAUUCCUGAAGCAGUGUUUCUAUGUGUGAACAUAGUGGAAUACGGAUAUGAUUGGGGCAGUCCAAGAAGUUCAUUGUUGCUGCUCAAGUCUCAACUCAUAAACUCAUGCAUUUACAUGUAGUUCUAAAUGUUAAACAUAUCCAGGACAGGAACUGGCUGAAACUAGCAGAUGAAGUGAAGUAGCAGAAAGUGCCUCACAAUGAUUUAGUGGUUGGUCGCGUCGGAAAAUCUUUUAAUCGCCCAUGGUCAUAUUUCAAAAUUUUGACAAAGCUUGUAUUCUCAAUUACAACUGCCGGCUUCUGGAUAACCUACUAUUUUAUUGGCAACU